ACUCACAGUUUGUUUAGAUGUUCAGCUGCUGCGUCUUUAAUACAUUUCUGUCACUUCUCUGUUUCUAUUCUUGAUGAUUUCCUCUCUUUCAUGACAGCAAACCAAACGUUUUCUCUUUGUUUUGACAAGAGCUUUAAAUAUCCUGUUUCAGGAGUCUUAUUGAGUUUUUGUGUUGAGAUGCUGAAGAUGAGUUUGCAGGUGGAUUUGAUGUGCUGUAAAUCAGUAGGAACUGAUCUGUCCAUGCUGGAUAUUGAUGAUUUGAUGACAGAAAUCUCUCAGCUGAAGAAAGAGGUGGCGUUACUGGAGGCAAAGCUGAGGGAAAGAGGAGAUCCACUGAACGGAGAGGAGCUGGAGAAGGUUUCCUGUCAAUCUUCAGUGUGUGUGACUGAUGGGACCUCCACAGAAUGUCAGGAUUCAGUGUGGAGCGUCAGAGAUCAGAGAUCCAGAGACACACAGGACUCAGAGCUCAGCCUCACUUUACUCUGUUAUUCUGACACUCAGGAGAGUGUGUGUGACAGUAAUCAGAGUGAUCAAACCUCCACAGAGUCUCUGGCUUCUGUCUCUGAUGCUGGAGAACAACAUAAUGAUGAGGAGGAUUUUAUUAAAUCUGAUGACGAUGAUGAUGAUUUUCUUCCUUCAGAUGCAAACAGUGGUUCAUCUUCUAAUGGAGAAAUGGCUUCUACGUCAAAAGCGAGACAUGAGAAAAGCUUGUUUACAUCAGCAGAGAGGAACCUUCAUUCAGAAGUGCACAGAGUAAAGCAGGAGUUCCCCUGUGAGCAAUAUGUCUCUUUGUCUUCUAAUAAAAAAGCUUUCCUGAAGACACGCAGUGCUGAAAAGUCUUUUCAAUGCAGUGAGUGUGACAAGUGUUUCAGAACAAAAAAAAAUCUUGUUGCUCAUAAGAGAAUACACACGGGAGAGAAACCGUUCAAGUGUCCUCACUGUGAGAAGAGAUUCAUACAUGGACACCAUCUGACGCGACACAUCCGUGUGCACACCAAAGAGAGACUGUAUCCAUGCAGUGAAUGUGGUAAAAGCUUUUCACAGCUGGAUUAUUUAAAGUCACAUCAGAAAAUACACUCCGAGGAGAAACCCCAUCAAUGCUCAUACUGUGAUAAACAAUUCUGUAAAAACUCUCAACUGAUACUACAUGAGAGAACACACUCUGGAGAGAAACCUUUCCUCUGUUCUUACUGUGGAAUGAGCUUUUCUAUUGCAAAUCAACUUAAAAUGCAUCUGAGAGUACACACAGGAGAAAAGCCUUAUCACUGUAGCGAUUGUGGGAAGACUUUCAGCCAGUCUUCCCACUUAUCAAAGCACCAGAGGACACAUACUGGAGAAAAACCUUACAAAUGCUCUAUUUGUGACAAAACAUUUGCUCGAUCAGAUGGCCUGAGAGACCAUCAGAGAGUGCACACAGGAGAGAAACCUUACAGCUGCUCUAUCUGCGAGGAGAGAUUUUCUCAUCGACGUCAAUUCAGAGUUCAUGUGAGCAUGCACACGGAGUAAAGCCUUAUCACUGUAGAGUUUGUGAGAAGAGUUUCAGUAAAUAUGGUCUCUUAUCAAAGCACCAGAGGACACAUACUGCAGAUAGACCUUACAAAUGCACUCAAUGUGACAAAACGUUUGCCCGAUCAGAUGGCCUGAGAGACCAUCAGAGAGUGCAUACAGGAGAGAAACCUUACCGCUGCUUUAUCUGAACAAAGGAAAAACUGCCUUUUAUACAGAUAGAAGCAUGAAAAGAUGCUACAAUGAUCCCAGGACAGUUUGUUCUUUAGCAUGUACAAUGCCUAUAAAAAGUAUUCACCUCCCUUAGAUGUUUUUAUAUAUACACCGAUCAGCCACAACAUUAAAACGACCUGCCUAAUAUUGUGUAGGACCCCCUCAUGCCGCCAAAAAAGCGCCAACCCGCAUCUCAGAAUAGCAUUUGUACAGAGCGUUUAUCUGCGUUAUCGUAGACUUUGGCCAGACUAGUUCAACCUGACAUUCUAUGUUGACCUCUCUUUUCAACAAGUGUUUCCAUCCGCAGAACUGCCACUCACUGGAUGUUUUUUGUUUUUGAGAGAGUUCAACAGAGAAUGCUAUAGAGGUCUAAAAAGAAAAUAUGAAUUGCCAGUUUAUCUGUCCACCAUCAGAGAUGUGAAACAGAGGCACAUCCUGACCAAAUACAGGCUUAGUGAACAUAACCUCAUUAUGAUUAAUUAAUAUCAAUUCAUUAGUAACACUUCACAAAAUGCAGUGAAUCUAUACCUAAAAUAUGUGAGCUGCCUGAAAUUUUACAAAUCAUAUUAGGAGAGAAAGAACACAUGGCCACUAAAGCUGCUAAAUAUGCCACACUCCGCCAUAACCCGAGAGAAAGAACUCUGAGCCACUAAACCAAACUUUUUCAUAUAUUAUUAAAUUACAUAUACUGUAUAUUACUGUGUAUCAGUUACAUGUGAUUUAAAAUUGUUGCAUACAAUGCAUUUGUUUGUUAAUUACUGUGUUCUAAAUAUUCACAGUUUAAAUCAGUUUCUAUGGUUUGAUUUGAUUAUAACUUGUGCUUUGGCAACAUUGCAACAUACAGUCAUGCCAGUAAAGCAAUUGAAAUUGAAUGGCUAGACUGGUUCAAACUGACAAAGUCUACGGUAACUCAGAUUACUACUUUGUACAAUUGUGGUGAGAAGAAUAGCAUCUCCAAAUGCUAUUCUGAUCUGCAGGUUAGCGAUGUUUUGGUGGCACAAAAGGGGCCUACACAAUAUUAGGCAGUUGGUUUUAAUUUUGUGGUUGAUCUGUAUGCAUAUAUAUAUAUAUAUAUAUAUAUAUAUAUAAUAAAAACUGAAUCAUAUUGAACUUCAUUGACACUAAUCAACAGGAAAAGACUCUUUCAUAACAAAGUCAAAAAAACAUUUUUACCCAAUUAGUCAAAACUUAUAACAAAUAUUAAACACAAAAUCAUUGAUUGCAUAUGUAUUCACCCCCUUAAUGCAACUCAUGAAAAUCAUCACUGUGCAGCCAACUGGUUAGCAUGUGUGCUGGUAGCCAGGGGCACAUUAACGCACAGGCUUACACAUCCGCCAGCCCAUUUUACCCCAUCGAUGUUUGCUGGAAGAGCGCAUCUAAACGCUUUCAGUGGGAGAUGCAAUUGUUGACACUGAGACAGUGUGCCACUCCCACCCCCACCUCUGCUCAAUGACUUGAAGGGUGCUUCCGUGGACCUGCGAGCCCCUGGGCCCAGAGGUACCUUAAAGCGCCCCUGGUGGUAGCAUCACACUGUGGGGAUACUUCUCUACAUCAGGCCUUGGAAGGCUUGGAAAGGUAGAGGGUAAAAUUAAUGCGGCAAAAUACUGGGAAAUCCUGGAGGAAAACCUGAUGCCAUCUGUAAGAGAACUGAGACUUGGGAGAAGAUUUGUUUUCCAGAAAGACAACUAUCCCAAGCAUACAGCCAAAGCUACACAAGAAUAACAUAAAUGUUAAUGUCCUGGAGUGGCCGGAUCAGAGUCCAGACCUCAAACAAUUUGAGAAUCUGUAGUUGGACAGACCUUGAGCAGUAUUGCAAAGGAGAAUGGGGAAAAAUUGUCGAUAGCGACCUAUCCACAUAGGCUCAAGGCUGUAGUUGCUGCCAAAGGUGUAUCUACUUAAUACUGACAUGAAGGGGUAAAUAUUAUACAACCUAAUUAGUUGAAAUGUGUUUUGACUUUGAUAUGAGAGUCUUUUUCUGUUGAUCAGUGUCAACAAAGGCAAAUUAAUUUCACAAUGAUUCGGUAUUUAAAAAGAACAAUAAAAUAUAAAAACAACCAAGAGGGGUGAAUAGUUUUUAUAGGCACUGCAUUUUCUGAUGAGAAUAAAUGUGUAGGUUCCUUCUUGUAGACAGACAUCAAUGUCGUAGCAGAAUAUAGGACUUGAAUCUGUUUAGCUGUUUGUAAAGUGAGCCAGUGAUUUCUACUUCAGUGUAAACUACUAUAAGUGUACCUUGUUAAAAAAAACUUGUGAUAUAGUACCAUUGAAUGCCCAGUAGAUGGCGUCGAUGUAUAUACAUUUUGAGAACAAUGUUGAAAUUGUAACCAUGUAACCUUGAAAUAGAAAGAACUUCUGUAUGUGUAAUAAGCGUCUGGCUUGAACAUGCAGCUGUUUGUGUGUAAUCUCAAAUAGAUAAGAGAGAAAUGUUUCAAAACCACACUGAACUUGUUUAAACUGUUUUAUUAUGUAUUUGUUUUUAGAAUAGAAGAUCAUAUACAUGUAUUAGGAUAGAAAAGUUUAACCUAAACAAAACAAGUGUUAUAAAAAUGUGAUAGACAUAACUUUGUUAUAUAAAUUAAUGAAUGAGGUAUGCAUUAAGUUGUUUUACAGACAAAUGCUUGAGAUGCCAAAACAAGAGAUCUGUGAAAGAUGGUUUUAAAGGCUCCCUGGAAGCUGCAAGUGAUUUCAUGUGGGAAAUCCCUAGACUUAGAAAAAUCCAGAGACUGAUGAGUAUAUAACAUUUACUUUUACAUUUAUGCAUUUGGCAGGACUAAUUAAUUAAGAUAACAUUGGAAUCGGCAUCCUUUUAAGCUGUUCCCCCAAUGCUAAUCUUGCUUAGCUGAAAUUGUAAUACUUUUUAAUUUGACUUUUGAUGGCUUAAGUAUAGUAACCAAUAAAA